AUGUCCAGCUCUACGAAGCCAGGUCUGCUCCCGCCAUUCAGCCCAGCUGCUACUCAGGCUGCCGUCAAAGCUUCGACCGAUUCCUACCCGGCCGACUACAUCAGUAGCAUCAUUAUCGAAAUCAGCGGAUACCUGGUCUCCUUCGCUGAGAAAAGUGCACUGUUCGGUCGACUCGCCAACGAUCCUUGGAGUCCCAGUCUACGCACCCUCCGCUCUCGCCUUCACAGCGGCCAGCUCAACCCAAGUCCUAUCCAGUCCCACGCCAACGAAAGCGCGCGCAUCAGGGCUACCCUCGGUCAACGCACAGCCAAAGAUGCCGCCCACCGCCCGCUUGAAGAUUUCGAAGACCUGUACUACGCCGUCCUUGCACGCAUGCAAGAUAUCCAUCAGAUCCUGACUGCGCGCCUCGGAAGCGGCUUCAGCACCUUCACUGAUGCUGUCUACCCGGACGGCCCUAGCAUUGCCGAUUUGUACGUCAGUCUCGCACAAUACUGGGACGUCCUCAAUCACACCGCAUUUGUCAAGCCAAUCGACUGCGCAAUUCGUCGCUCACGCGUCAAGUAUCUGCACCAAGAGAUCAUCGCGCAAGUGCACAACGACGAAAUCACCCAGAUAGACGCUGAAGAGCUGCUGAGCGAUCUCUAUGAUCCAAACGAGUACGAUGGCAUCCAAGGUUUGGCUUGGGUCAGCGGGUGGGCGCCGAGCAUGGUCGCUGCAUGGUUGGAAGAGAAGUACCGUGUCGUCUUGAAGAUCGAGAAGGAAGAUGCAGAGAGCAAGGGCCGCAUGGACCGAAAGAGGUCAAAGAUGGGCAAGAAGGUUAAGCAGCCACAGAAUAAGCUAAAGUCAAGGAAGGAAGGCAAGAAGGCUGUUGACGAGAUGCAGAUGGCAGGCGGGGAAGCCAAGAUGGCUAUGCCGGUCGAUCAGCAAAUGCAAGAGCAGAGCAUGAGGGGCCAUCAGAGCCAGCAGGAUCAGUUGCAGUAUGCGCUUGAGUGGCAGAUGAAGACUCAGCGUGUCUCCGAGUACAGUCAGUACCUGAGGAGCAUGGCUAGUCGCAACGCCAAGUACCUGGUGGAAAGCACUGCCUCCAACAAUGACAUGCGCACGAGCGGUCUCGGUGGUCCAGUCCAGCAUGCCGACAACAGAGAUACGAAUAUGAUGGGCGGUGACAUCUGA